CCAGAAGCAGUCGAUAACAAAGGGUACCUCCGUGGUUUUGUGACGCGGCAGGGAAUUCUCCCCACGACGUGCCCCAGCCUUCAAGCUUGCUCUGUACUGUAUGGGACUACUGAUACGCAUCAUAUUGGCAGUGGGCAUUUGAUGCGGCUGGCGCGGGAGCGCUUGAACACCGAGCAAUGGGAGCUGCAACAAAGCCUGCUUGCGAGGGUGCCGGAGGAGCUCGCUGCCCCGGGCGACGGCGACGGCCUGGACGCACUGCCGGCACCAGGCCCGGGCCCAGCCGCGCCCUGGGCCGCUUGGCCCGCCGCACACACGGACUCUGAGGCGGGCGCUCCGCACGCACCAGGCGCCAUGCCUCCAGCUCCCUCCGUUGGAUACAGCGGGCGUGGCUACGGCGGUACUGGCGGCGGCGGCGGCGGUGGCGAUUGCGGCGGUGCGAGCGGUUGGCCGGCUGCAGCGCACUGCGCCCACACUUAUUAUAGCUACGCCGAUGGCGACGGCGAACGCGACGGCAACGGUAACGGACACGCUACCGAACGCACAGCUCACUGGGAGGACGCCGGCCUGCUUGACGGCGGCGGCGGCGGCGGCUCCUCCGCCGCCACGCCGCUGCUGGCUGGCGGGGAGGCGUACGAGUGGGCGGCGCCCGCCAACCUGGACCUGUUCUUCACACGCGUGUACCGCUACUGGCAUGAGCGCGGCCUGCGCUCCAUCCUGCUCGCCGGCGCCCUCAACCUGCUGGCGCUCGCCUUCACCGCCGCCUUCUCCACCUUCCUGCUGCUCUUCGUCGACUGGGGCGCGCUGCACACGGCAUGCCUGGCGCCGCGCGCCGGCGGCGGCGGAGCCGCCGCCGCCGCCGCCGACAGCGGUGGAGGCGACGCAGGAGGCGCUGGCGGAGCAGGCGGGUGUGACUUGUUGUCGGUGGGACUGGACCGGCGGCCGCUGCUGGGCCGGGGUCUGGGUCCGGGGCUGCUGGCGGUGUGCUACGUGGGGUUGUGUGUGGGCUACCUGGGCUGGAGCGCGGCGCACUGGGUCAGCGAUGUGGGCCACAUGCGCGAGGUGGGCGCCUUCAUGGCCAGCAGGCUGGGCAUCAGCGAGGCCAAGGUGGUGGCCCUGACGUGGGCCGAGGUGGUUCACCGGCUGGUGCUGGUGCAGCGGACCAGCCGCCUGUGCAUCGCGCGAGACCUGGACGAGCUGGGCAUCGUGGCGCGCAUCAUGCGCAAGGAGAACUAUCUGAUCGCCAUGAUCAACCGCAACGUGCUGCAGCUGCACCUGACGCUACCGCACGUGUCCAUGGCGGACGUGGCCGAGGGACUAACCGCCGCCGCCGCCGCGGCCUCAACCGCAGCAACCGCCGCCACCGAGCACGUGCGGCACCGGUUAGCGCGUAGCCGCGCGGCAGGUUCUGAGGCUGGGUCUGGCGGCGGGCCCGCCAUGGGCCUCCAGAACGGCAACUACCGCAACCACCACCAUGGUAACGGUACCGGUAACGGCUACACCAGCCUGGCGGUUGACAGUAACGGCCUCGAAAACGGCGGCGGCGGCGGUGGUGGCGCAGCGGCCACCCUUCGGCAGCGGCUGUUGAGUCGCCUUGGCGGGGGUAGCGGCGGCGCUGGCGGCGAUAGCGGCAGCCGCGGAGGCGGCGGCGGCUCGGGGCGGCGGAGGCGGCGCUGCCCGCCCAUGCUGACUAAGACCCUGGAGUGGAACCUGCGCUGGUGCAUCCUGGAUCACAUGUUUGAUGACCGGUUCCGGAUCCGGCCCGAGUUCCUGGAUGUGGCGGCGCUGCGGCGGCGCCUUCGCGUUGUGGCCGCCGCCAACCUGGUGCUGUCGCCCUUCCUGUCCAUGUUCCUGCUGGCCUACUUCUUCAUGCGCAACGCCGAGCGCCUCUACCACCACCCCGCCGGCCUGGGCAGCCGGCGCUGGAGCGGGCUGGCCAAGUGGCGGCUGCGCGAACUCAACGAGCUGCCGCACUACCUGCACCACAGGCUGAGCGCCAGCCACCCCGCGGCCCUGCGCUACGUGGCCCAGUUCCCCUCACACACCCUGGCGGCCGUGGCGCGGUUCGCCGUGUUCGUGACCGGCUCCUUCGUGGCUCUGCUGCUGUUCAUGACCUUCCUGGAUGAAGGGCUGCUGGAGCGGCCGCUGGCGGGGAGGCAGGUGGUGUGGUGGCUGGGCACUCUCACACUGGUGCUGGCGGCGUGCAGGAACCUGGUGUCCGAGGAGCCGGUGGCCUACGACCCAGAGCGGGCGCUGGCCGAGGUGGUGGCCUACACCCACUACCUGCCGCGGGCCUGGAGGGGGCGGGCGCACACCGCGGAGGUGCAGUCGGCCUUCCUGGCGCUGUUCCGGCUCAAGGUGGGGCUGUUCUGUGAGGAGCUGUUCAGCCUGCUGGCCACGCCCCUGGUGCUGGCGUGGAGCCUGCCCGAGUGCGCGGAAUCCAUCGUGGAGUUCGUGUCUUGCUUCACGGUGCACGUGCCGGGCCUGGGCGACGUGUGCAGCCUGGCGCUGUUCGACGACGCCGCCCUGGCGCGGCACGGCAAUGCCAAGUACGGCGCGCCCGUGCAGGCAGACAAGGCGAUGCGCAGCCGUCAGGGCAAGCUGGAGAAGUCCUUCCUCACCUUUGCGGCCACCUACCCCACAUGGAGCCCCGGCGAGCUGGGCCGCCGCAUGCUGGCGACCCUGGCGGCGGGCGGCGGAGGCGGAGGCGGAGGCGGAGGCGGAGGCGGCGCGGUGGGCGGCGGCGCGGGGGCAGAAGGCGGUGAUUACGGCGAUGGCGGAAAGGGUGGGGAUGGCUGGGACGCGGGCCGGGUCACGGCGUCUUCGUCGGCUGUAGUGGUCUCGUGCGGCGGCGGCGGCCGUUGGCAGCAGCAGCAGCCGCACCAGCCGCACCAGCGGUUGGCGGUUGGCGGGCCGGCGCCCGUGGCGGCGCCGCCGCCAAAGCCGCCGCCGGUGGCGACAGACGCGCAGCCGUACCACCAGUCGUCGCCAACUGCUUACCCGUACCAGGCAGCAGCCAAGGCGGGCCGCGCCACGGGCGCGAAUGCGGUGGCGGCGGCGGGCGCGCAGGAUGCGGCGGCAACAGCCGCAGCUGCCGUGGCGGCUGGCAGGGCUGGCGUGGCGGCGCGAGGCCCACCACCGCGGCAGCGGCUGCCGCCGCGGCCGGUGGCGGCGCCGCCGUCACUGCCGCCACACUUUCAGCCGUAUCACGGUGUGCGCUCUUACAUGAGCAACGGUGGCGGCGCCGCCAGCGGUCUGUCCGCCGCGGCGGGCGGCGGCGGUGGCGGCGACGGCGGCUGGCCGCCGGGGCUGCGCCCGCAGCUGGAGUCACCCGUGCUUCUAAUGGCGCCGUACCUGGCCGCCGCCGGCACCGGCUCUGGCGCCGCCGCCACGUCCGCCACGACGCCUCACUAUGUGCCGCCACCCUUUCCCUUCGCGCGCGGCGGCAAUCCAUACGGCGGCGGCGCCGGCAGCCCCAGCCCCAGUGUGGCGUCUAGCCAGUUCAGUACACUGGCGCCGCCGCACCUGCAGUACUACCCAGUGCCGUACUACUACACGGCGGCGCAGCAGGCCGCUGCCGCCCGCCACGCCGGCGCCGGCGGCGCCGGCGCUGGCGGCGCAAACACUGGCGGGCGAGCUGCCAACGGCCUCGGGAAUGGCAGCGGCGGCGGCGCAUGGCUUCCUGCCGGGCAGGCGGCGCCGGCGUCACGGCCGGGGCAGGCGGAGCCCCACCGCUACCCGCCGGCGCAGCACACAACAGGCGGUGGCACGGCGCGAGGCAUAACCGCGGCGGCGGCUGCUCCAGCGGGGCCGGCGGCGGACGACGGCACGGCAAUGGAGGCGCCGCCAGCCGACGGCGACGGCGACGCCGACGGCGGCGCCGUGCCUGGCUUCGGCUCUGCCACGGCCUCCACUACGGCGGCAGCGCCCGGCUGUGGUUCCGACAUCCUUGACCUUCGAGGUCUGGACGACCCACCGGCAGCGGCAGCAGCCCUGGCCGCCUCCUCCUCCGCCUCCGCGUUCUCCCGUUUCUCCGGCCUCGGCACUGGCUCUGGGGCCGGCUCCGCGGCGGCCGGCGUCACAUCGCUGCCUUCCUCCUCAUCCCACGCCGGCGGGGGCACCACGCCGCGCCACCUCGGUGACGGCGCCGCCUGGCCGGCUGCGUCGGCGCCGGCGGCGGCGGCGGCGGCGGCGGCGCUGCCGUUGCCUGAUUUGGAGAUGCAGCGGCAGCCGCCGCACCCCAUCGACACAGACCUUCAUGACGACGACCCGCUGGGUCUGGGCCAUGGGCUGGGCCAUGGGCUGGGUCUGUUGGGCGGUGACUUUGUGGCGCUGCCGCCGGCGGCACUGGCCACCGCGCCGCCGCUCAUGGCCUGGGGACCCGGCGGGCACCAGCCGCCGCCGGGGGAGGCGGGGGCGGAGGCGGAGGCAGAGGCAUCCGGGCUAUGGCCGCCGGAGCCGCAGGCGCCGCCGCGAGCUGUGCAGCAGGCGCAGCAGUCACGAGCAGCGCCGCAUCCCGGCCGGCCGGGUGUCGGACCGCCGGCGGCUUGUGGUGGAAGUGGCGCGGACGAGGACGAGGACGAGGACGUGUUUGGUGCGGGGCUGCGGGAGGACCCGGACUCUGGGUUCGGGCUGGUGCCGGGCGCGGCGGCGCCGGCGCAGGACUAUCAUGCAGGCAGCGCCGCCCUCCGUCACCUGCAGCCGCACCAGCAACAACAGCCGCACCCGCCACACCAGCAACAACAGCUGCUGCCGGCGCAGGCUCCUGCCCGCGCUGUGCACGCCGCUGGGGGCGCCACUGGGGGCGCAAUGGCGGAUGCCGGGGCUGGCAGCGGCGGUGGUGUGGGCGGUGGUGUGGGCGCCUCGCUGGCGCCGCUGCCGCUGACGGCGUCGCUGUCGCUGCCGCGGCGGCGGUGGGGCCCGCAGGGUGGCGCUGACGUCUCGGCCGCCGCAUCCUCCUCGGCUUCACACCUGUUGGACAGCCCGCCGCAGCCAUCCUCGCCGCGCGCCGCCGCCGCCGCCCAGGCCGCCGCCGCCGCCCAGGCCGCCGCCGCCGCCCAGGCGCCCGCGGACCCAGGCGCGCAUGCAACCGCCAGCCAGUACGUCAGUACGGACUAUUUUGCGGCGGGCGGCAGAGGAGGGCACGGAAGCCGCGGCGGCGGCGGCGGCGGCAGUGAUGAUGACGGCGACCCGUACGGCAUGUACGAAUACGACUACGCCACGAUGCUCAGCGGCACGCCACGCGCCGCCGGCAGCCAUGCGGCGGUGGCGGCGGCGGCGGCGGCGGCGCGGCCGGACGGCGGCGCAGCGCCGCAUCAGGGGGCCGAACACCAGCGCGAGCACAGCUCUAGCGGCACUCCGGCGCGCGGCGCAGCAGCAGCGGUGGGGGCGGAUGCCGCCGCCGCCGCCGCCGUGGAGGUCCACGACUCCCCCGAUCUCUUCCUGCCGCCGCCGCCUCUGCACCCCCCGCACCAGCUACACCAUUAUCACCACCAGGCGCGGCAGCAGGCACAUGGCCUGGGCAGGGGCAGCGGCAUGGGCGCGGCGACGCCGCCGCCACGGCCGCAUCUGCCCGCUGCGCCGGAGGGCGCGGGCCUGGCGGGCCGGGUGGCGGCGGGGCAGCAACUGCUGCAGUCGCUGUACGAGUCGCGGGACCACACGGUGUCGCACAUGCGGCAGCAGCAGCGGCAUGCCAGCGGGCUGCUUGGCGGCGGCGUCGGCGUCGGCGGCGGCGGGAUGGCAGGCCUGGCCGGGAGCGCGUUCGGCGGCGGCGGCGGGGCUAGCACGUUUGGAGGAGGAGGGGCCGGAGGCGGCGGCCGGUAUGAGGGCGGCCUGGGCGGGGGUGCGGAGUCGUUUGUGUCAGGUGCGGAGUCGUCUCAGAUGUGGUACUCGGUCGCGGGCUCGAUGCCGGGCUCUGUGGCGGGGGGCUCGGUGCGGGGGUCGGCCAUGACGGGUUGGGCGCCGCCCGACACACGCGCACAGCCUUACUAAGAGCAAGAGUGUGGAACGGUUGAGGUGAGAUAGGUUCGGUGGGAUAGAUUCGGUGUGCCUGGGGAGUGGGAAGGAGAGGGAGUAGGCAGUCUAGGCACGCUUGCUGUCAGGUGCAAAUAGAGCUGCAUGGGGCAGGAUUGGCGUUUGGGUUGUUGGUCGGGCCGUUGAGACACAAGAUGUACGAUACAAGUCAAGCAGAAGGUAGUAUCAGCGGCGCUUGAAACAAAUGCUCAGCCCGUUCCUGCACGGAUGCGGCUUGGGAUGUAUCAGAUAUGUAUUCACAUAGGCGCAAACUCAGCACAGUGCUGCGGCGUGUGGGGACGCGGCGUUGGCAAGAGCCACGAAUGGCCCUAAUACCGUGGGGGCAGGUCGCACCCGUGGAGGGCAUUGUAUAAACACCGGACCAAUGUCACUUAGGUAUGCCAAUGCAGCUCCGUUCGAUGCGCAUACCAUUCUGCGCGCGGCGGAGCUGAGGCCUGACUUGCUCGUGCGCGUACUUGAUUGCGCGACGCAGCGUUUGCUGUACUUAGCUCAGGGAGUCAGGGAAUGUGUGUCCAGCGCGUUGGCGAAUGACGAGGAGUGAAGCAGGAUGUGGGUGCGGUAUGCUUGGUUGGUGAGGAAACCCACGAUGACACACGACACAGACUUCGCAAGGACGAACAUGGGCACGGCUGGGAGCGGCAACCGCCGUAUGUACGGCGCUCGCCCCAACGGGUCUGACAUGAUUGAUAGGUGGAGGCGUGGAGUCCCCAGGUCUUUGCAGGUUCGAGAGUGCGAGGGCUGGUGGACAGUCUCACCGCUUGAUGUAGUCCCUCGCGGCGUGGGUGCGGUGUGCCCCCGCUUGUCGGGCUGUCCCUUCAAUUGUAGUUCGCAUCCUUGAUGUAGUUUGGUACGGUGCACAUACUCGCUCAUGGGUGCGGAUGUGCGGAUGUGUGUGCGGAUGUCCGCACUCCUACACCCACUUCCACCAGGUCCGAGAACGUCUGCCUGACACGGUCACACUGACACUUCCGUCAUGUACCGUACGCACACGUGCGGGCGCUCUGACAACGCGGCAUCCCACGAAAAUGUGCACAUCGGCCCCCCCCCCCCGCCGUACAACCGACCAUG